AUGUCAUCUUAUUGUCAGGCUAUGAAGAUAAUAUAUGAUCAACUCGUUAGUGUUGGUUCAGGUAUUACAGACGAGCAGCUGGUACUUCAGAUUCUUACAGGACUCAACGAGCAAUACGAAAGUGUUGCCCUUAUUAUUCAACAAAGUAAGCCGCUUCCUGAUUUUUAUGAAACCCGUUCUAGACUAUGUAUGGCUGAAACACGGAAGGUUAAUCAGGCCAAGCAAGCGGCUCAACUAGCUGGUACCGCUCUAUCCGCAACAUCAUCAAAUGAUCAGCAUGCCUCGCGACAGCAAGAUUCUCGCAAUACUGACACACCAGCGGAUCGUGGUGGCCGUGGUCACGGCCGUGGCCGCGGUCGUGGUCGUGGUCGUGGCCGUGGUUCAUCAUCUAGGGGACACGGCUCCUGGCCCCAAUCAGGUCAGCACAAUUCUUCGAACCAGCCUGCUUCACAUUGGACUCUUCCAUUUAACUACUGGGCUGGCCCAAAUCAAAGUUUCUCUCAACAAUCUUGGGCCCCUUGGCUGGUACCACCAUGCCCCUAUCCUACCACCACCAAACCCAACAGUUCGGGCCCAGGUAUUCUUGGUCCAAGACCAGCCCAAAGCUAUGCUGCUAGUCAGGCCCAGUCGUAUGCAAAUGCCUACACCCCUACGGAUCUCAAUCAGGCACUCUAUAAUAUGUCGCUAACCCGCCAGAUUCAAACUGGACCAUGGACACAGGUGCGUCUGAUCAUAUGA